UUGAUAUUACAGGGGUGUAUAAAAUGUGGGAGGGAAGUGAAGUAGUUGGAGGGAGAAGGAAGAGUGCCCGAAUAUCAGCAUUGAAUGAGGUGAAGAGGAACAAUGAAUUCUCCAAAUCCGGUGACAACGUCGUUGGCGAGAAUGGUCAGAAUCAGGCUCAUGUUACAGCAAGAGCAGCAGCUUCUGCUGCCAAGAGAGGCCGCAAGCGCAAAAGACUUAAAGAUGUUGGCCUAUCAUCUCAACAGGAUGGUGAAGACCAAGAACAAGAAGACAGUUCGAUCAUGAACGAUGAAGCAGAAAAUCUGUCAUCUGAUGAGCAAGUGCCACAAAAACGCAUAUUUGAGUUCAUCCUUGAUAUGCUGCAAAGGAGAGACGUAUUUGGAAUAUUUGCACAGCCUGUUGACCCUCAACAGGUGAGGUCCUAUUACUCAAUUAUCAAAGAGCCAAUGGAUUUUGGCACCAUGAGGGCAAAACUACAUGAAGGAAUGUACAACAACUUGGAAGAAUUUGAGCAUGAUGCGAUUCUGGUAUCCAAAAAUGCAAUGCACUUCAACUCAUCAGCCACCGUAUAUCACUUCCAGGCUCAGCGCUUACAAGAACUAGUUGAGGAGCUUUUCAGGGAUCUGAAAACAGAUCCUGAACGUUUUCUGUUAGAAAACUCGCUGAAAAGAAGAUGCGCUGAUAGGAAGCCCCAAAGUGAAGCCAGAGGUUUAUGCAGAAAGCAAGCUACGCCAGGCAGUGUCAGAAGAAGAAAAACAGAUUCGAACCCUGGAUUGAGAGAUGGUAGGAAUUCAAAUUUAGUCGAAACUCAGCGGCGUCAAACUUAUUGGAGGCCUUCCAAUGACGAUGAAUCUUUAUUCUCAACUGUCUGCAAUGCCCCCAAAUCACUUUUUCAUAUUGAUGCUGGUUUUGGAUAUAGAGAAAGUCUCAUGCGGUUUAUUAAAGAUUUGGGGCCAACAGCUCAAAUGAUUGCCCAGAGAAAGUUAGAAAGUCUUAUUGAAGCUCCAAAUUGCCAGUCUCAGACAACCACUCCAGUCCAGACCCCAAAUGAUCCGACUUCCACCCUAUCUGCCCCAGGGGUACCUGGUCAUCCUGCUGUUGUUAAUACCGGCCAAACGACUCAAAUGCAACAUAAUUCCGUAUAUAACUUCCCAAGGGAUGCUAAUGUUUCAUAUUUUCAUGGUGAUGCUUCUGCACGAAGAUAUGCCCCGGCCAGAGCUGGCAUAUGCAUCAAUGAGGGUGCUUACAAGGGAAAUAUGAUUGUUCCUGGCACAUCCAGAUUAGGCAUGGAAAGCAAUCUCAAUGACCCAAAAGGGAAAAUGAUUCUUCAGGUAGCCGAGGGAAAAGACACUUAUAACAAAGCUUUGCAUGAACAGAUGUCCAUUGAUAUUAACAAAAACAUGAACAUCCCUGGUCUUACCACUGGCAUAGGACUUCAGGGAAGUAACAUGGAAGGCAGAGCUCCUCAAAAUCAAAACAGCAAGGUUCGGUUAGAAUCGUAUAUUCGUGUCGUUAGAGAUUUGAGUAGUCCUGGGACCUCAAACAACAGCAUAAAGUUUAGGACUGUGGAUAUGUUAGCCAAACCUAACAAUCUAGGAAACCAGCUGCUUCAGCAAGCUCAGUUGUCUAGAACAGCAUAUCACUCUAAUCAGUCAAGGCUGCUAGAGAUCAUGUCUAGAAGCAACACCUAUUUGAGGCCAUCAUCUUUCAUGCCUUCACCAGCUCCAAAGUUGCCAAGUUUGAGUCAGGGACAAACUUCCUUUAAUGAUUUUGGCUCAAAACUGAAUAACAAUUAUGCAGCUAGCUCGGCACAGGCAGGUCAUCUUUCUCAACUAAAUAACUAUGCAGCAAGCUCAGCACAGGCAGGUCAGCUAUCUUCACUGAAUAACUAUGUAGCUAACUCUGCACAGGCAGGUCAGCUGGCUCAAUGGAACCAUCCCGGUACAGCGCGAAGUAUGCAAGAAAUCGGUAGUUUUCCAAGUAUGAAAGUGAAGCUUGGUGAGGAUCACAGGCCAUUGGCAAAUGGUAUGUUUAUGAGGAAAGAACAAGAGCUUGUGUCAUCAGCUCAGGGAAUAAUGAAGCCCCCAUUGUACAAUGAAAUUGGCACCCAUGAAAGAGCUACAACUCAUCAAUGGUACCAAGAGGAGCCUACUUCUCCAUCUUUUAUAUCUUUGCUGGAGGACUCUCAGCAGCCUAACUUGGCUCUGCAGCUGUGAGUUGAACUUAGAGAAGUGGACUGGUUCUGUGUGUUCUCUUUUUUUACAUGUCUGUGCUUCUAUGUUAUUAUCUGCCCUUGUCCCAGUUGAGAGACAAUUUUAAUUAUGUUGUAAUGUUAAUG